AUGAAUUCAAAAAGACGUGGUCUGGCACUGGUAGCACACAAUGGCUAUAUGUAUGCUAUUGGAGGUAAUAAUGGUAUCGAAGUUUUCAAUACAAUGGAAAGAUUGGAUACAACUACUAAACAAUGGCAACCAAUGGCUAAUAUGAGUUAUACUAGAGGUUAUUUUGGUUCAGCAAUAUUUAUGGAUAAAAUAUAUGUUUGCGGCGGUUAUAAUAGUAGUAAUGAAAAAACAUGCGAAACAUAUGAUCCGCUGACAAAUCAAUGGACACAAAUUGCAUCAAUGCUAUCAGAUAGAGAUAAUUUUCAAUUGAUUACAUUUAAUCAACAAUUAUAUGCAAUGGGAGGUGUAUUUGGUAAACCAGAAACUGUUGAAAUAUAUGAUUAUAAAUCAAAUCAAUGGUCGUAUAGCCAAUCGUUGCCAAUACAUGCUUACGAUUUUGGGGCAACUGUUAUUUAG